UUCCUAUGGAUUGUGCAGGAUCUGCCGGGAUCUACUGUCACACAAUGAAUCCAUGAUAGGAGGUGUGAGGUGGAUUCCUCCUGUGAUAGGCCGGGGCAGACAUGACUUCCAUUGUACGUCUGCCUCUCUAUAGCAGCAUCAUGUGUACGAAUCCUCCUCCUCCUCCUCCUCCUCCUCCUGAGGCCGGGAGGGGGCCCCCAGCUCACAUACAGCAGCGUCUCCAGCCAUCGCCUGAUGUGAAGUUCCUGCACAAAACUGAAUGCAGCAGCCAGCAUGGUGGCCCCGCAGCCAGGACAGCAAUGAGCCCCCCGCCGCCUGGCACUGACCUGCAUGGAGGACCCCCAGCCACAGGUUACCAUGCCGGACUUCAGCCCCAUGACACUGUGCAUCUCCGCCACCAGCUUCGCAAUCUCUCAGUUCCUGUUUCACGUAGGAAGCUGUCAGCUCUCAACGCGUUUUACUUGUGGCUUCUCCAAACUGAAUGAAAAGCAGAAGAUUGAAUGGAACUCCAGGACGGUGUCCACAUUCCACGCAGUGGUGGUCGGAUGCUUCUGCCUGUAUAUAUUAGUGUACGAUGAUGCAGUUAAUAUGGAUCCCGUCUGGGGAGACCCGUUCAUGGUGAAGCUGAAUGUCGCAAUAACUUCAGGCUACCUCAUCUCAGACUUGUUGCUGAUUCUCUAUUACUGGAAGGCGAUUGGUGAUAAGUAUUUUGUGACGCAUCACGUGGCAGCUCUGUAUGCUUACUACUACGUACUGGGAGAAGGCAUGUUGCCGUAUUUUGGUAACUUCCGUCUCUUAGCUGAAUUCUCCACACCAUUUGUCAAUCAAAGGUGGUUCUUCGAGGUGCUGGGAUACCAGAAGCACUCACUCCCUAACAUGGUGAAUGGUGUACUGAUGACCGUGGUCUUCUUCAUCGUCAGGAUAGCAGUCAUCCCCACCUACUACAGCCGUGUCUGUUCUACCUUUGGCACGGAGGCUUUUCAUAGACUCGGCUUGGGCGCACAAUGCGCCUGGAUCAUCUCCAGCGUCUCCCUGGAUAUAAUGAACGUUAUGUGGAUGAUGAAGAUCACAAAGGGAUGUUACAAAGUCUUGUAUUACUCAGACGGUUCAUCCACCAAAACUCACAAAAAUGGCAAAGCAGAGUAGAACUGACAGCCUCCUUGUGUCUUCCAUUCUUCCAUCCUUCAGAGGUUACAGCCUCUGCUAGGACUUGCAUGUUUUUUUCCCCCCCCCCCCCAACAUAAAAUGUAUUUCCAUGAACUUCCAUGAUACCUCACGGUAACGUUCCUCCUCCUCCAUCAUAUUCACACCCUACACUUCCUAAAACACUGUUCCAAAGAGCAAGCCCUUCUCUCCGGGAGUUGUCUGUCCUGAAAUGUGCUAUAACCUGACACUAAGUCGCCUUCUUGUGUUUCUCGAUACUAAUGUAGAUGUUGGUUGGCGAGAUGAGGUUGGUUGUGGCGCAGUCGCAGCUCAUGUGAUCUUGGUUCACUUUGCUGGUUUUGGAAGCCUAUGGGAAGCGCAAAGGGCCCCUCCACAUAACAUUUGGGAGAUUUGCCUUGUAAGUCCAUCUUUUUAUGUCCAGAGAAGUUUGGGAUUGUGGCUCAUGCUGAAGAAUCCCCUAAAGCCUUUUCCCGUCUCCACUGUGUUCUGAACCAACUCUUGGUCUUAAAGAGGUACUCCAUUGGCCAGCGUUCAGAACUAAAUGUUCAGAACAAUGUUUUCUCACUGCAGGGGUCGACCAAGGCCCUUGUGAGGUCACGCCCCCUCCCAUAGAUUUGCAUUGAGGGUGUGUGGCCGUGACAUCAUGAGGGCAUGACUGACUCUCCGAAAAAACAGCAUGCAAAACAUUUAGUUCCGAACACUGGCCAAUGGAGUACCCCUUUAUAGAUGUACAGGAGAGCACAUCUCCCAGUUCUAUGUAGACGAGUCCUAACUGGGGUCUCCAUUAAAUGAUUUAUCAGGAGAUAUAAGUCCAUAGAUUGGAGCCACAUGUAAUCUUCACCCUCACCCGAUGGUUACCUCAUUAGUUAAAGCGUUACAAGCCGACAAUCCCCUUUGUAAAUGAUCUUAUACUAUAUUCACUGUUACUUGAGGUUGAAGCACCAGGCAUUGUGUCUAGCAAUGAUUUUAUAAACUAUGUUAGAAAUUUGUAGGGAAAUAGUUCAUUGUUAUGUUUUGGGGGCAGACGUGGCUCCUCGUAAUAUUGUGGAACCUUAUAAAUAUUUUAAAAAUUGAGGAGAGAGGAAGUGAGCCCCCAGAAAGCCAAGGUAGAAAUAAAAAAGGGACAAGGGCAGAAUGUUUAAUGUCACAUACGUUUUCAUGGCUGUGAUUGUCAUAUAAGCUCCUAUGGGGCAGAUCUGAAAAUUAUGUCAUGUACCAUUAUACCAUCCUCAUUAUAUUCAUCUACAUGGCCGUGUAAGUGCUGACAGCUUCUGUAAUGUGUGCAUCGGCGGUUUAUCAGGUUUACCGUUCUACGAGUUGCGUGUCAGGUGGUGAUGUCACUUCUGUUACCAGAAUAGCAGACGCCAUGUGGGUUAAAAAGGAGAGCAAGGCCAGGGACAACCAAAUUCCAUGAUAGGCCCCAUUUACAUUACAUCUGGACCUCGGGAGGAUUUUCCAUCAUAUAUCUCUGAAAUACGCCGCAGUGUAACGUACAGUCACAUGCGCCAUCCCUAAGUCUUUUUGUUAUGAAGAUAGUAAACUUUUUUUUGAGGGCAAGUGCACUUUUCUAUACAGACAAAUAAGGUUGUUGUGUCCAAUAACAGGACAGUCUUCUGCCUCCACUAGGUGAAUGAGAUCUACGCCAAUGUUUGAUGUAUAUGCUUUCAUGGUAUCUAGUGUGAACCCGGCCUUAUAGGGCUGCACCGAGACUCCAAUGACAAACUACAGGUCCCAUAGGUGACGCCGUAUAGUGCUGACAGCAGCAGUAAUAAUUGCCCCGUCCUCUACCCUUAUAUCCACAUCACCUCCCCUAUUAUGGAGGAUAUCAGGUGUCUGCACUAUAUAUAGGUCCCAUACAAUUCCCUAAUAUACAGGUGAAGGUUCACAGAUGGCGGAGUUGGUGGUUAUGUCGGCUUUUCUGGCUGUAUCUCAUUCUAUCACUGGGAUUUUUCAUACAUUUUGAUUUCGUGAUAAUUCCUCUAAAAAGUCCUGAUGCGCAAUUCUCUUUUAUUUCCUUUUAUAUAAUAUUGAUAAUUUUCAGAGGGUCACAGAGUAAGAACCAAUUUACAUGAUUUUUUUUCUUGACUAAAGCGAUAUUGGUGCCAGCUGGCACCGGCGAGGCUUCUAGAUGCGCCCGGACUCAGCAAUUCUUCAUCAGCUAAAAGUAUUGAGCGGUUUAUUGUAAUAAACAACUCCGGGGGGGGGGGGGGGGGGGUGCGGGGGAAUCCGUUUCUGCAUCAUGUUGUUGUUUUGCUCUGGAUCAGCGCUGCAGAGUGAUCAGCUGAUCUGGGAGUUUAUUUUAUCCUUAUACGCUGAGCCUCAUGCACCAUUGGAUUUUCAUAUAAAUUUUUGGAGAGAAAAAGUCAGGAAAAUGCAAAAUAUAUUUAUUACCGUCCUGCACCAAACAUGCCUAUUGGCUAUAUUUCUGACCACUUCCUUAUUUGUGGGCGUGUUUCCCCCCCCCCCCCCCAUUUAUGACCUUUUUCGCGCAGUUUUUGGUGUCUUAUCAGGCUGUGACUAUCAGGGAGUGAUAAUACGCGAGGCCCUUGUAUUAUAUUCAGAAUCUUCUCAGAAUUUCCCCCUGAUGACCGAUAUUACCAGCUGUGUAAGACGUACGCUCCUAGAGGCCUGUACAUGGUCACUCUGCCUGCGGAGGAUGCAUGGGAUUAGCCCUAAUGGCUGAGCAUUGCCAGGUUCAGGUGCGGCCCAGCAAUUAACACUGAAAGGGGUACUCCACCCCUAGCUAUCUUAUCCCUAUACAAAGGGACCGCCGCUGGGGACCCCUUUGAUCUCGGAUAAGGCAUCCGAGUCAUCCAUGCUGGAUGAUUGGCGAUGCCGGGCCGGAGGCUUGUGACGUCACGGUUAUGCCCCCUCAAUGUGAGUCUCUGGGAGGGGGUGUCACGCCCCCCUCCCAUAGACUCACAUUGAGGGGGUGUGGCGCUGCACCCAAUGCUCUAAACGAAUGUCAGGUGAAGCAGGCAGAUUGCAGAAGGCCCCAGUAGCGGCACCCCCGCGAUCAGACAUCUUAUCCCCUAUCCUUUGGAUAGGGGAUAAGAUGUCUAGGGGAGGAGUACCCCUUUAAGCAGGGUUUACACCACGAUUUGUGCCUACGAGGCUCCGAUGUGUCAGGAAAAUGUCAAAAUGAAAUGAAGACAUAUCAGCUCAUUACUAUGUUCGCUUCAUUUUCCCAAAAUUUUUUGACUUUUGUUUCAGUAUAGAAAUUACUGCAAACCGCGAUUCUUCGUCUGUGCCAAAACUUGUACAGUGACCCUGCCGACUUACGAUGGCCCUGACAUACGAUCAUUUCAACAUACGAUGGCCUCUCAAAGGCCCUCACAUGUUGAAGGCAGCAUCAACAUACAAUGCUUUUGUAUGUCGGGACCAUCGCAGAAAGAGCUAUCCGGCAGUGCAGACUGCUUCAUUUGCCGCCGGGUAGCCGUUUAAUGUGCCCCGUGUGCUCCGGUGAGUGUCAUUCAGCUGUCCGGCCUCUCCGGACGGUCCAUUUCAUACUCUGCUGCAUGGCCAUUGCUUUCCGUCAUCAUCACGUCGCCGCGCACGCCGUCCCGUCAUCCAAUAGGGGCGGCGUGCGCAGCAGCGUGAUGACGGCGAUGGAGAGCGACGAUCCAGGGCAUCGGUGACGGUUCAGAGCGGCAGGGAUACGUGAGUAUAACUUUGUCUAUUAUUUUUGCACGGAUCCCUCAACAUACGAUGAAUUCAAGUAACGAUGGUUCAUUUGGAACAAAUUACCAUUGUAUGUUGAGGGAUCACUGUAUAUGCUUGGGAAAUGACUGGAACGUCGUCACUAGCUGAGUAUACACUCCGGCCCAUGUAAUGAGGUCCAUGCCUGCUCAAGCAGUUACAUCACCAGGUCAUUCUGACAUUUUUUCCGAUGUAUCUGAGCCCCAGAUACACAAAUCGUGGUGUGAACGAGGCCUUGAUCUCACUUUCUACUCGUGGCCUGAACAGAGGGCCCCCUGUGGGUUCUUUCACAUGUCCGGGUUCUGAUCAGGUUCUAAGAUGGUGUUGAUGAAGCCGAUUGUGGAUGAUACGGGGGCGAAAGCGUAAAAGACAGAUCCUUCUCAUGGGAUGAUCCAUCGUUGUCUUUUAUAAUACAGAUAGGAUGACGCAGACGGUGUUGGGGCCAAUGGCGCUCGGGCUCUGUGGACAGGACGUGUCCUCCUCAACCAUCAAAACCAACAAGUUACAUCAAUUUAUAGAAGGAAAAUUUGAUACUAUGUUAUUUGUUAUCCUCUAAUCUCUGAGACAUGGAAUACUGAGAUAGAAUUGCACAGUCGCAUCGUGAUGGUGACGUUCUUACCUCUUUGUAUUGUCUAGUAUUGUCGUCUUCUCAUGGUCGGGGAUGAUUCUUGUCUCUUCUUCAUUCCCUGCACCGGGCAGAGGUCACCAGGACCAGUCUAUACUACAGUAUAGGGGACGAUGAAUUUAGCAGAAAAGAAAUGCUGGAUUCUGCACAAUGUUUUAUUCCUUUGGCAAAAAUACUAUAAUAAUACAAAAGAUACUAUAAUAAUACUAAAAUUACUAUAAUAAUAUAAUUACUGUAAUAAUAAUAAUAUAGUUAUGCUCAGGUACGGUGGCCAUAUCUGUGGCAUUUUACUUUUCCUGGUUUUGAUGGGUGCCAUAUAGAUUUUACUGAACAGAGUACAGAUCCCUCCAGGGUUGUAUGGAGCAUAGUAUGAAAAUGUUCGGAUCAUCACAUGGUCAUGUGAUGUUUAGGUCAUAUUAGGGCGUACAAUAAUUUAAAGGGAAUCUGUCAGCUGUAUGUGCGGUAAGAGAUGGAGACCCCGUUAAAUAGAUGUUGGAGUAAAAAAGAAAACUCUACCUUUCCUGGAGCGGAUGGUGGUUUCCAAAUUCAUAAAAUCAUCUUUUUAUCUCAGUGUCAAAGAGGCGGAGCCAAGAUGCUCAAGUGCCACAGCCUGGAACAUCUCCUCACUCCUGCAGUUUCCUGCCCCUCAUUAAUUGGCAUACAGAAUCUAGUCCAUCAAUCAAAAGAGGGCAUGGAAGGUGAGGGAUAGCGAGGUAAUGUGUGCCAGUCUGUGGCACUUGAGCAUCUUGGUUCAGCCUCCUUGACACUAAGAAAUAAAAAGGUAGUUUUUUUUAAGUUUGGAAACCACUGUCAGCUUCAGAAAAGAAGCAGUUUGCUUUUAUUCCCCAAUGCCCUAUCCCAGUGUUUCCCAACCAGGGUGCCUCCAGCUGUUGCAAAACUACAACUCCCAGCAUGCCCGGACAGCCUUUGGAAAACACUGCCCUUGCCAUUGAUUUUCUAGGCAUGCUAGGAGUUGUAGUUUUGCAACAGCUGGAGGUCUACAGUUUGGAGACCACUGCCCUAACAUCUAUCCAAACCUGUUGGCAGCUCGUACAACAAAUAUAUAUGACUUAUCCCCUUUAAGUUUAGUUCUGUAGGUCAGUGCUGGGGUCGGGCCGGUGAAUGUUUUCUAUGUUUUUCUCUUAUUGAUAAUUCUCCUUUUAUUUUGAAGUUUGCUUUUAAUUUGGUGCAAACUCAUUCAGAUCCUGCUAAAUACUUGAUAAAAUGUGGAUAUACAAGAUAUUUCGGGGCAGCCAACCGGAAUUCUGCUUGAAAUCUGCAGCCAAAAACUGCGAGUUCACUAUCGCCGGCCAUGUACGUAAAUGUUGGGUGAACCCUUCGUUGUACAUGGAGGCCUCACGGCUCCACCCUGAUGGCAGAUGUUACAGGAGACAGGGGGCGAAUGUGUUGGGGAUCAAAAUGACAGAUCACCAAGUGAUAUUUGGAGGUGGCAGAAGUAUCUGGCAGCAGCUUUCUCCCCUCUUCCCUGGCGGAGUAUGAGGAGAUUGGGAGUGAUAGCUCUUGGCCAGUCUAAAAUGUAUGACCAACUGGCGAUUCCACCUUCCGAUUGUUCUUUCCUGGUGAAUCGGUGAUAUUAUGUGGCUGCCUAGAUAUGAUAUGGAGGUUACACUGGGGCUGUAAGAGGUGUCUUGUUUUUUCACCUAGUCACCCCCAUACACAUUAGGGAAGAGUCUGCAGGACCUGAUGAAUUUGGGACUAAUGUGGGUGAGGGAAAGAUGAUGUCAGGGGAGGAAGGGUCGAAGAUGUUGGGUUUCAACUGCCUGAUCCUAUUGUUUUUGUGUAAAAUAUGAGGAGUCUGGCAGCGGCUUACUUCACCUCUUCCCGUUCUGACGACAAGACUGAUGACUGUGGACCUCCAGAUGUUGUAGGGUAAUGGGCUCUAAACUGUGGACCUCCAGAUGUUGUAAAACUACAAUUCCCAGCAUGACAGGACAGCCGUUGGCUAUCUGGUCAUGCUGGAAAUUGUAGUUUUACAACAUCUGGAUGUCCAAAGUUUAGAGCCCACUGUUGUCACAAGAAAACACGUCCAUGGGGACUCGUCAUUGGGGGGGGGGGUGAAGAAGUCAGGAGCCUCACAUCCUAAUUACGUUGUCCCUGAAUAAUUCAUGAGGCCUCAGAUAACGACCUGACGGACCGAGCAGACACGGAGGAAUGUGCCACACACCCUGGCGUUUCAGCAGGAACUCUGAACUAUUUACUCAGGUUUUCUUUUUAUAGUGUUUUUUUACGCACUUCCCAAAUCCACUGGUUUUGGUAGAAUAGAGAACAAUCCUCAUAUGGUAAAUCGUGGACUCUGCUUCUCCUAAAUAAUUCAUGUUCCUUUGCAUAGUUAAUGCCGUUCAUCCAGGUGGCACUGGAGGGGGGUUCAUUUUCCAUCACGUCUGUCGCAGCGCCCCCGUUGUGUUCUGACCGAGCUCUUGGGGAAUCCGUUUUAUCCUAUUUCACUGUUCAUUGUGCUUUUAUGUGGCUUCAUCUUUUCUGAUGGUUAGGUUGAUUUUUUGUUUUUAUUCCACCUCCUUCCGGCGCAGUAACGUGAGAUUCUUGCGUCCGUUCACACAGUAACAAUCUUCAUUUACUAUUCCUAAUUCUAGGAGGGCAAUAACCAGAGAUUUUAUUUUCUUAAUCUCUUAACGUUAAUGAGGCGGCUGCUCGGAUACAAUGGGUUACCAAGUUUUGAAGGGUUAAAUGUUAUUUUUGUCUAGUUUGUCGCACCACGUAGGCUGUACGAGGCCCCUCAGAUUUAUGAUGCUAUUUUGAAUAAUGAAUGCAAUAAAAGUUUCUCCUAAA